AGAAACAGCCGGCCGCUGAGCGGAAAUCUCGCGGUCUUUGGAGGGUCCAAGCCCCGCCCCUCUCACCUCAGCUCCCCUCCCCCCUUCGCUUUAACAUCUCCUGAGGGAAAAAUAUGGUCGCCAGCGAUGGAGCCGGCCAGGCCAGACUGCCCGUUCCAGCACUUAAUUGAGCUAUUGAAAGACAGUGCAGGAAAGAAGUUCUACAACGUUGCUAAACUCGGAGGCACCAAAUAUGAUCGCCUGCCUUACUCCAUACGGGUCCUGUUGGAAGCAGCCGUUCGUAACUGGGACGGCUUCCUAGUGAAAGAGGAAGAUGUGAUGAAUAUCCUGGACUGGAAAGCAAAACGGAAUGAUGUCGAAGUGCCCUUCUGUCCUGCCAGAGUUCUCCUCCAGGAUUUUACUGGAAUUCCUGCAAUGGUGGAUUUUGCCGCGAUGAGGGAAGCUGUGAAAAACCUCGGGGGAGAUCCCGCGAGGGUGCAUCCGGCCUGCCCGACCGACCUCACCGUGGAUCAUUCGUUGCAGAUCGACUUCAGCAAAUGUGCAAUGCAGAAUACUCCCAAUCCUGGAGGCGGGGAGCCGCAGAGACCGCCAGCGAAACUUUCUCCUCUCAAAGCGCCUCGGAAACCUCUGUGUCGAGGCCAGUCCAGCUGCCGAGGGCCAUGUGACGGCGAGCCAAGUCGUAACUCGGGACCGCUUUCCGUGCAGAUUGAGAACACGCCUCUGCUGUGUCCUUUUCAUCUUCAGCCAGUGCCUGAGCCUGAAACAGUGUUAAAAAACCAGGAGGUAGAAUUCGGAAGAAAUCGAGAGAGGCUCCAGUUUUUCAAGUGGGGCUCCAAAAUGAUUGAGAACGUCUCGGUAAUUCCUCCUGGAACGGGAAUGGCCCAUCAGGUGAACCUGGAAUAUUUGUCCAGAGUGGUGUUCGACGUUAAAGACUUCCUCUAUCCAGACAGCGUCAUUGGUACCGAUUCCCAUACAACUAUGGUCAAUGGUUUGGGAAUCUUGGGAUGGGGCGUCGGAGGUAUUGAGACAGAAGCGGUCAUGCUCGGGUUGCCAGUCGUCCUGACCUUGCCCGAGGUGGUUGGGUGUGAACUGACUGGCUCGGCCAACCCGCUCGCCACGUCAAUAGACAUUGUCCUGAGCAUUACCAAGCAAUUAAGGCAAGCAGGAGUGUCCGGGAAAUUUGUGGAGUUUUUUGGGUCUGGCGUUUCCCAGCUGUCCGUCGGGGACCGAACCACAAUUGCAAACAUGUGUCCGGAGUACGGGGCUGUUCUGAGCUUUUUCCCUAUAGAUAAUGUGACGCUGAAGCAUUUAAAACACAGAGGUUUUGAGGAUGCGAAGCUGAAGUCCAUGGAAACAUAUCUUAAAACUGUGAAACUAUUUAGAAGUGAUCAGCUUUCUCCGAGAGAACCUGAAUAUUCUCAGAUUAUACACAUAAAUCUGGGUUCCAUAAUGCCCUAUGUCAGCGGCCCCAAACGGGCCCAGGACAGAGUGGUCGUUUCCGAUAUGAAAAGCGAUUUCCAGGCGUGCUUAAACGAGAAGGCUGGUUUCAAAGGCUUCCAGGUCCCCACCGAAAAGCAGAACGACGUCGUGCCGGUGGAGUUCGAAGGGAACGAGUACCAGCUGGCUCACGGCUCAGUGGUCAUCGCGGCGGUGAUCAGCUGCACGAACAACUGCAACCCCUCCGUCAUGCUAGCAGCAGGCUUGCUGGCCAAAAAAGCCAUCGAGGCCGGACUGACGGUUAAACCUUACAUCAGAACUAGCUUGUUGCCCGGCAGCGGAAUGGUCACGCACUAUCUCAGUUCCAGCGGUGUGCUGCCGUACCUCGAGAAACUGGGAUUUGACGUCAUUGGAUACGGGUGCUCCACGUGCGUUGGGAAUACUUCGCCUUUGCCGGAAGCGAUCCAGAGUGCGAUAAUGCAGGGUGACUUGGUUGCCUGCGGUGUUUUGUCUGGGAACAAAAACUUCGAAGGCCGGCUCUGCAGCUGCAUUCGUGCCAACUACCUUGCCUCUCCGCCUUUGGUCGUCGCUUACGCUAUAGCCGGGACGGUGAAUGUUGAUUUCCAGACCGAGCCAUUAGGUAUUGAUCCUGCUGGCAAGAGCAUCUUCUUGCACGACAUUUGGCCCAGUCGGGAUGAGCUUCGGCAGGUGGAAGAAGAAUUGGUGAUAUCGUCCAUGUUUAGAGAACUGAAGGAGAAAAUGGAGAAAGGAAAUAAGCGGUGGGAUUCUCUGGAAGCGCCGGAGUCGGUUUUAUUUACGUGGGAUUGGAAAUCGACGUACAUCAGAUGCCCCUCGUUUUUUGAUAAGCUUGCCAAAGAACCCCUGCCUAUUCAAUCCAUUGAAAACGCACACGUCUUGCUGCAUUUGGGAGAUUCCGUCACAACCGAUCACAUCUCGCCCGCUGGGAGCAUCGCCCGAGGAAGCGCAGCUGCCAGAUAUUUGUCAAGCAAAGGCCUUACCCCCCGCGAGUUCAAUUCUUACGGUGCUCGGCGGGGAAACGACGCCGUCAUGACGAGGGGCACCUUUGCGAACAUCAAGCUUGUCAACAAAUUCAUCGGGAAACCAGCUCCUAAAACGAUUCAUUUCCCAACAGGGAAGACGAUGGAUGUAUUUGAUGCAGCAGAGGCCUACCAGAAAGAGAACAUCCCUUUGAUUAUCUUGGCAGGCUCAAAGUACGGACUGGGGAACUCCAGAGACUGGGCGGCCAAAGGACCUUUUUUACUAGGUGUGAGAGCAGUUCUUGCCGAAAGCUACGAGAAGAUCCACAAAGGGCAGUUGAUCGGAAUCGGCAUCGCCCCGCUUCAGUUCCUCCCGGGGGAAACCGCAAGUUCUUUGGGCCUGACUGGCAAAGAGCAGUUUUCUAUCUCCUUUCCUCAGAAGCUUUCUCCUGGAAUGACCCUAGAUGUAAAGACAAAUACCGGAAAACUGUUCCGUGUGACGGCCUCUUUCGACAACGAUGUGGAAGUGACAUUAUACAGACAUGGCGGCGUUCUUAACUAUAUGGUCCGAAGGCUCUUGUAGAGCCCAGCUGGGCUCCCCUGGGGGGGCCCAACCCAGCAAAUGCCGGCGCGUCCCUCUGCUGUCGACAGGUCCGCCUACGGUGCCCCCGCCGCCCCCCGGAUAGCUUCGCCCAGAUGUAAAAGACUGUGAAUCGUUGUGGUGACUGCGGCAAGAUCCUUCCUGAUUUUUUAAAAAUUUUUAAAUAAUACUCAAAUGGUGCUAUUGACAUUGCUACAAUUGACGUGUGUGUUGUGGAAGAGAUUUGUAAGUAUGGGGGGGAGGGGAGGGGGUUGGCUCGGGCCACUCUGUAAAUAAACAGCCCAGAACCUGACACUGAAUUGUGAUGAAGAUUUAAGGCCGGGAGAUUUUUCUGACGUUCGCCUCCGUCCCCUGCCCUCCGCCUCUCCCAUUCCUCGCACCUUUUGAUAUUUUUCUGUCACCGUUUGUUGGUUUGAGGGGCACCACGUGGCUCGAAACGUGGAGGCCCCCACUGCUUCCUGAACUCAGACAUCCAGAUGUUCUAAACUCGUGGAGUGCAGAAUCCGGGUCCGUCUACCAGCUGUAGCGUGAAAAGGUUACCGGAGUUGGAAACAAAAUGCAGAGACUCCGCGUCCUCUGAUGCCUAUGAAUGCAUUUCAGAAAAGUUAAUAUUUACAGACAGCAAAGGUUACAGCUUCCCACUGCACGGUAUGCAAAACCAGAUGAAUUAUUGACCGGCCGUCAAAGUAGGCCUUAACGGAGGCCGUUGCUUCACGCACAACAACCCACUCUGUUGGAUUAGCUGAAAGAGAGUGACUGUUUCUCGUGAUUUGCCUUUAGCAGCCAGAAAUGUGCAGUUGUAGCACGGGCUGUCUUUUGCAAGCUGUCCCAGAGGAUGCCAGUGGCGACCGUGUUCCACGGUUUGUUUUCCUAAUAUGCCUCUCCCAUGUUUCCCCUUUUUGCUUCAGCUUGUGGCUGAAAAUGCUGGGGCCGUGUUUGUCCCAGAGAGGGUUGUAAAACAAUCUUUUUUUGAAAGAACCGAGUCUCCUUUUGUGGCCUGUGUCCCCUUUUCAACCCGGUAGGAGAUCCCUUCUUACGACUGCCUCUUACAGCCGCGUUGUCUGCGCUGCUGAGAUUUGCCCUGCGUUGGGCUUGCUCUCGGAAACUUGGCCGUCGAUUUGUAUUCGGGACGGGUGUGAACUGUGUCACGGCCAGAAAAGCAACGUGGUCAGAUGGCUUGAAAGAAGACUUUUCUGUCAAUCCUGUCAAAAGUUUUUUUAACCUCCUUCCUCCCUUUAAAGCAGUCUGGUUCUCUGGUUUAUUUUCAAUUUGGCGGAUAGCAGUUUUGUAGCAAGAAGUCAGUCCAUAGUUUGAGAGUCAUCUAAAACAGCAGACACGCACCCCAAUCUCAGCAUUAUUCAGUGGAGUUUUCUGCUCUCGGAAAUUGGCCUCGGUAAUUAAAGUUUGAUUCGCCGUGCUUGCAGGUUUGCAAGAUUCGGGAGAAGAGGUGUGGUUUUUCUAAAAAAACUUUACGAAAUAGAACCUACUAUUUGCAAAUAUUACACACCACAGAAAUAUCUGUCGAGUUAAUGAAUGGACGUUUUAUUUGGAUAAAUAUUUGUAACUGAAAAGCAGCUUUAAAAAGUAUUGGAGGAGAACGAUGAGAUUUUGUUUUUGGGAUGGUUGCCUCGUUUCUGUAAGCCUUCCGAAGCCCCGGGUUGCUUUUUUGGCAAAGAGCAUGAUAGAAACACCCAAAAAGACAUUAUGUAAUUUCAGAUGGGGAUGGUUGUGCGUUUUGGACAGGUGCUGGAGUUCAGUAUCUUUACCAUAUCAGCUUCAUUAUUGUUUUUGAUCAAACAUUUCCUCUCAGUUUUUUCUAUCAGUGCGCUGACAUUUUGCAACGUGCCUCCUAAACCACCGUAAUCGGUGUCUAAAUUAAUGGCAUAUUUGAAGAAUGCGGUUCUGACUUGGCAGUUAUAAAUGGCAGUUGUUACUGACUCCGCAGUAUAUUAUAACAAUACCUAAACACAACUCUUCCAGCCUUGUAGAAUCUUCUCUCUGUGCUGAUCAGAAAUCCUCACCUGCAAAGCACUUGCUGUGAACAUCAUCAAAAUGUGACUUCUUCAGGUGCACCCAGUUUCCUAGUACUAAACCAGUAGCCUCAGACUUUUGCAAGUCUUGCCGGGAAGAAGUUUCGUGUGUUUAAAUGGAGUUAAGUUUUGUGUAUUUAAAUGGAGAUAGGUUCCUGCAGCUUAUCUCCGCGACUAAGGCAGGCACAACCGGUAAUCUGACAGUAUUUUGAACACAGAGCCUCCUAGGAAUUUCCGUGUGUGCCCACAUAUUGAUGCUUAGUGCAUGCGUUCCCUUAGAACGGCCCGAUUUUAUUCACAACGUGAUCGCACUGCUCUGUGCCCUAAACUCAGCAGUGAGAGUAGUCGCAACCCAGAUGUACACCACCUGCCUUUCCUGAUUUUGUGUGACUGGCUCGAGACUAUAAGCUGAUUUUUCCUCUUUUCAGUUCACCCCACAAGUUAGAGUAAUGCAGAUAUGUCUUAGAGAAGUGGUAUGGUUGAAUGGAGUUUUCCAAGCUGCCAAGAACUAGAUUCAGACUCAGACGCAAACAGGGAGUUGUUCCUGGUUAUAUUCUUAGGCCUGAAGGCAGCGGAGACGGGAAGCGUAUUUUGUCCUCAAGUUCCAGCUUCAUUUGGAAGGGGGAAAGCUCGUGUUCGUCAAAGGACCCCUGCCCCCAAAUCCGGGACAGUGUUUAUAAAUCUCGCAAAAAAUGAGAAAUAAACGCUCGGUGUGCUCGCAUUUACAGCAAUCGCAAAUUUAACGUCUGCUCUUUUAAGCCAACAAACCAGUAUCCUGAUAAGUAUUGUAUAGAAAUCUUAAACGACAAAGUUCAAUUUGCUGACAACUGUGCAUAAAAAUGUUCAACUGAUGUAAAUUAUUUUUUAAUAAAGAAAGUUGUACCAUC